ACCACAGCAUGCGGAGCUUCGGACGCGGCCUGGCGGUGGUUCUGACGGCGGCGGUGGUGCUGGGCGCCGACCGCUACCACCCGGAGGGGCGGAAUGGAGGGGGAGAGCCCCGCGGGCCCGCCCCAGAGCUGGACCGGGACUACUGGGUCACGGCGGCGCAGGCGCACGUGCGCGCACGUCACGACGCAGGGCUGGGCGGGCCCGGGGAGACCUUCGCCAAGAACAUCGUCAUGUUCCUGGGGGACGGCAUGUCGGUGCCGACUUUGUCCGCCGCGCGCACGCUGCUGGGGCAGCGCAGGCGGCAGCUCGGCGAAGAGGCGGAAUUGUUUUUCGAAACGUUCCCGACCUCCGGCAUGAUAAAGACGUACUGCGUGAACGCUCAGAUCGCGGACUCGGCGUGCUCGGCCACGGCCUACCUGUGCGGUGUGAAGGCCAACCAGGGCACCCUGGGGCUGUCGGCUGCCGUGCCCCGCUGGAACUGUUCGGCCUCGCUGGACGCCAGCACGCACGCCGACUCCAUCGCCGCCUGGGCGCUGGCCGAUGGACGAGAUGCCGGUCUCGUCACCACAACCCGCGUGACCCACGCAUCUCCUGCCGGCACGUUCGCCACGGCCGCCAACCGCCACUGGGAGAAUGACGCGGACGUGCGAGGAGACGCCGUGGACCCCGCGCUAUGCCCCGACAUCGCGCACCAGCUCGUGCGGACUGCUCCCGGAAACCAGUUUAAGGUGAUUCUCGGUGGGGGUCGCCGUGAGUUCAUACCUACGGACACAAUAGACGAGGAAGGCGCUAGAGGAAGAAGAACUGACGGUCGCAACUUGAUAGAGGAGUGGAAGGCGGACAAAGUGAACCGCAGUGCGAGCCACCAAUAUCUGUGGAACCGAGAACAACUGCUGGCCGCCAACGCCUCGCUGCCAGACUACGUGCUCGGCCUGUUUGAGAACAGCCACAUGCAGUACCACUUGCAGGCUAACAACCAGACGGAGCCCACCCUGGCCGAGAUGACGGAGGUCGCGAUCCGGAUGCUGAAACGGAACGAGAAAGGGUUCUUCCUGUUUGUGGAGAGCGGGCGCAUCGACCACGCCCACCACGACAACUACGCGGAGCUGGCAUUGGACGAGACCAUCGCGAUGAGUGACGCCGUGCAGCGCGCCGUCGAGCUGCUGGAUGAGGAGGACUCGCUGGUGGUGGUGACAGCGGACCACGCUCACGUGAUGGCCCACAACGGGUACACGGCGCGCGGCUCCAACAUCCUGGCCGCGUCAAAUGCGAGGGACAGGAAUGGUGUGCCCUACAUGACGCUUUCCUACAUCAACGGACCGGGACACAGGAACGAGGUUAACGGACUACGGGUCGAUGUCACACAGGAACCCAAUUUCGGCGAGCUGCAGUGGCGCUCGCACGUGGAGGUGCCGCUGUCGUCGGAGACCCACGGCGGCGACGACGUGGCCGUGUUCGCGUGGGGCGCGCAGCACAACAUGUUCUCCGGCCUCUACGAGCAGAGCGAGCUGCCGCACCGCAUGGGCUACGCGGGCUGCGUGGGCCGCGGGCUACACGCGGCACCCUGCACCGGCGGCGCCCCCGGCAGCCCGCGGGCCCGCACCGCCUUCGCCUUGGCCCCCGCCCUGGCGCUGCUCGCAGCCUUCUACGCCACUGCCUAGUUUAUCGUAAACCCAGUGGUGCAUCCUUUUUUCGAGAUAGACGAUAAUUAGUGAGCGUUAGUAUUAACCGCCUCCUGUAUGACUGUGUAUGUCAUAGCCUUUAUUUCAUAUGGUUCUUCUCUAAUUCCUUCUUCACUCAUAAACAAACUUUGAGUUUCCUAUCUCGAUGACGAAUGCGUGACCGGUCGCAUCAUCGAUAACAUAAUUAAUUAAAGCUUUAGGUCAAGGCUGUGCUCCAGCACACUUUCGUGCUCCAGCACGAAAGUGAAAUUUUUAAUCUUUGCCAUGAAGGAAAAGGAGAUUUGCACAUUAAUCACACAAUUUCAUUUAAAUGAACAAAAAUCUAUGUACAACUCGGAAUUUAAGCAUCUGUUUAACAUGUUGUUUUGCUAUUAGGCUUUUAUGACUUAAAAUAAUAUCUUCGCAUUGAAUUUUAUUUUUUGUUAUUGGGUAAAUCAUACAGUAAUAAUAAAUCUUGAUUUAUACAUUAAAAACUUAUUCUAAUGUACAAAUACUGUAUCAUUACGAAAGAUGCCAAUCUUAUAGAAAAGUAAGCAAAAAGUUAUAAUUUAACAAAAUUGUAAAUUUAUAAUUAGCUCAUUAAGGUCAAUUAAAUAUUCUGUUACAUUACUGCUAAUAUUAUGUACUUUAACUUAAGUACAUAUUAGUUAACAGUAAUCAUAUUUGUUAGUUUAUGCCAUGACAUAUUUACCCUUUUCAUUAAUUAAAGUAAACAAUUUAUGUUAUUCAGUAAUUAGCUAAUAAAUAAUAAUAAAUAAGCUUAGAUUAAAAAAUAAGUUAUGUAUUUUUCAACAAUGUUACCAAAUUUGAAAAUAAAUAAAUAAAAGUCAUUAUUUUACUCA